UAUCCAGUAAUAAUAAAGAAGGAAUAAUAAAAUAGCUUUAUUUAAAAAUUGUGGGGGUAAGUAUACAUUUGUUUUAUAUUUUAAUAAUUUUUAAUAUUCUGCAAAAUAUUGAAUAAGCAUUCAAUUUAUUAUGUCAGAACCUAGUGUAGCUUACAGUGUAUGCUCCAUUAAUCCACGUCUACGGCAUUCCAUGGUUAUAUAGUCGUAUAUAUAUAUAUAUAUAUACGAUCACGCCAUAUACUUAUAUCCCCUGAUAUUAUUGGUGUUAUUGGUAAUGUUGGUAAUAUCUGGUAUUUUAGUUAAUUGUGCAAAAAUUGGCAACACUCAUUCGUUAGUUGUUGGAGUUGGAUGUUGGUAAUACGAUUAUAAUGUCAGAGAGAAAUCUCUGAUAGAAAAACGGAAUAAUAAUCAAUUAAAAUCAAGUAAUAUAUAAGAUUUAUUGUAAUAAUUAAGUAAUUACGUAUAAAGUAUUUGAAUAGUGUUGUGAUAAAUAGUUAUAGUGCAAUUAUGAUUUCUUACAUGAAAGACUUUAAGGAUAAGAAUGAAAAUAAUAAAAUGGAAUGAAAUCUAAUAUCCGGGAACGUAUUUCAUGAAACCGAAACGGCUUGUUGGAUACAUGUAUGAAUAAUUGUUUCAUACAAUCCAUUCGUAUAAAAGGAAUUACAUAAUAAUGGGAAAAUAUAUUCUAUUACUAUUCUUUUUUUCGUAUAUAUAUCAAUUUGAUGGCGUGCAAAUUGAUUCUCCUCCAGUUGUUCUAUGGCAUGGAAUGGGAGACAGUUGCUGCUUUUCGUUUAGUUUGGGAGGAAUAAAAAAAUUGAUAGAGAAUAGAAUACCUAACAUUUAUGUGUAUUCUAUUCGAUUGGGAAAUAAUGAAAUAGAGGAUGUCGAACAUAGUUACUUUGGAAAUAUUAAUGAGCAAAUACAAGAAGUUUGUCAACAAUUGUCGAAAAAUGAACGUCUUAAAAACGGUUAUAACGCUAUUGGAUUUUCUCAAGGUGCUCAAUUUCUGAGAGCGGUAAUUCAAAGAUGCCCCAAUCCCCCAGUUAAGAAUUUCAUCUCCUUGGGUGGUCAACAUCAAGGCGUUUUUGGAUUGCCAAAUUGUGGAACAUUGAAACCUAAGAUUUGCAACUAUAUAACACGCAUAAUCAAAUAUGGAGCCUAUUUACAAGCAGUUCAAGGAAAAUUUAUUCAAGCAACGUAUUGGCAUGAUCCAUACCAAGAAGAAGAAUAUAAAAAGAAAAGUAUGUUUAUGGCCGACAUCAAUAACGAGCGUUAUAUUAAUGAGACGUACAAAGAGAAUCUUCAGAGAUUACGUACCAUGGUACUAGUUAAAUUUACUAAUGAUACCAUUGUCAAGCCUAUAGAAACGGAAAUGUUUGGAUUUUACAAACCAGGACAGGGAUCGUUAAUUCAAACAUUGGAACAAUCUGAUUUAUAUCGUGAGGAUCGUUUAGGUUUGAAAAUGUUACACGAUUCUGGGAGAAUUCAUUUUCUUAAUGUACAUGGGAACCACUUGCAAUUUACGGAAGACUGGUUUGUAGAUAAUAUAAUAAAAAAAUAUUUGUUAUAAGGAUUAAUAACAUUAAAUAAUGUAUAAAGAAUUAACCUUUUUAAAACAAAUGUUAUAUAUGUGUAUACAUAUGCACAUUUCACUAUCUUUGCUUAAUACAUAUAUCAUUAUUGUAUCUACGUAUUCCCUUCACUAAUGCACAUUCUUCUCCUGUAAUUGAAUGCUAUCGCAAUAAUUCAAAUAUGUAUACUUUUUGUAAAAACUAUACCUAUUCAUCAAUAAAUUUUUGUAUCUAUUAUA